AUGGUAAAUUAUUUACGAUACUUCCUUUCACGUAUCGUGCACAAUGGUUUAAAGUAUGGCACUUUAAAAUAUGCUAGCGUGCCAUUGAGUUUUGAUAGAAAAUACAGUUCUGCAUUAUUUAUUUCUGGCAGAAAAGGCACAGAAUGUUUUUCAUUUUUAACACCAUAUUUGGAUUUUGACAAUAAAUUGACAGACAUUGACAAGUUACAAAAAGAUUUAACUUCUCGAGGACUAAACGUGAAUGCCGAGGAUGUUAAGAGAAUGUGGGAAUUCUACAAAUUAUUAAACGCUGAUAAAUCUAGAUUAGAGUCAAAAUCUUUAGAGUUAAUAAAACAAAUGAAAUCAUUAUCCGGGAAGACGGAUUUAACCAUCGAAGAACAGUUAGAAUUUAAUAAAUUAACUGUCCAAUCUAAAACGUUGAAGCAAGACUUAAAAAACAUUAAAGAAGUCUUAUGGGACUUGAGCGAGAGUGUAAUAGAAAAAUUAUUGAAAUUACCAAACGAUGUGGAUGAAAGAACACCGCUUCAAUCCCCUGUAAUAUUGAAACGUACCGGUACAUUGCAUGAAUUCUCGGACACAGGAGAUAAGAAAAGUCAUGUUGAAAUUGGAAGGAGCCUUGGUUUAUUGGAAUAUAAAAGUCCUAUGCUCUACUAUCUAUGUAAUGAUGCAGCUCUUUUCGAACUUGGCGUAUUAGAUUAUGCAGGAAAAAUAUUCAGCGCGGAUGAUAUGAUCAGAUUAACUGGCGCUGAUUUCAGUCGCAGUUUGGUGGUGGAAGGUUCUGGUUUGAAUCACGAGGAUCCAUCGGAUGCCUUUGUAAUAGAUAAUUGUAGCGAAAUAGAAGAACACUCCCCAAAUCGUAUGCAUCUUGUUGGAAGCGCAAGUUUAGUUGCAGUUUUAGCUAUGCAUGCAAAACAAUUGAUAAAUCCACUUCAUUUUCCGAUAAAAUAUUUUUCUACCGGGAGACAAUACACUCCUUUCCGACCAGGCUCUACACCACUUGGUUUGUUCACCGUGUGCCAGGCAUCUGCCGCACACGCCUUCGUAUUAGUCAAAGACAUGAACAGCCAAGAGUAUCAUACUCAGUUCGAAACAUUGUUGAAUACUGUUUGUCAAUUGUACGACAAUAUAUGCGAUCAUUAUCAAAUUGUCAUGAGACCUGCAUCAGAAUUGCGACCUUGGGAAUCGAUGCGCGUGUCUUUCGAGUUGUGGUCAGUAUUUUCAAAACAAUACAUAGAGGUUGGCCAUAUCUCUGUAUGUGGUAACUAUUUUAGUAAAAGAUUACUGAUCGCGUAUCAGACACCGACCGGAAGAGAUUUUCCUUCCGUGAUAUCUGGCACCGUGUUAUCAGUACCACGUCUUCUAGGAUGUUUAUUGGAGCAAAAUUCCGAAAAAUUUAUUGUUCCGCCGAAAAUCGCGGAACACAUGCCUAUGGGUCAACCUAUAGUUUAAAAUUAGGAAACGAAUUUCUAAAUAACAAAAUGCUUUCAAAAUUUUUACAUCCUUUGUACAUAAUUUAUGUAUUGUUUUUUAAGUGGACGUAAUUUGGUUUCACUACUUCGGAUACCUUUCAUUUAUUUUUGUAGAAUUCUAUGUAUGUAUUUUGCUAGAAUAAAUAUUUAUGAUACAUGAACGAAUAUCAAAUAAAUACAGCGAUGCUGUCGGAGUUUUUUUUUGAACUGGUUUUCUGCUUUUCAAAUCUACCGUGAGACAUCUUUAUCUUACUCGCGCUCUUUUGAAAGAGACACUCGGGAUGUCCUGGAAUAUUUACCCUACACCCCUUUCAAUUUUAGACAGUUUUGACUCGAACGUCGGCUAAUAUCCAAGGCAAAAAAGUGAAAGAUUAGCAUUUACCAUGGGUGCACCAGAGUUCGGGAAGUUGCCAGUUCGGAUACGAAGAAUCGUGUAUUACACUUUAUCAUCAAUGGAACAACGUUUUUGGGCAAAGUCAGUAUCGCACGGCAUACCAAAUUUGUUUUGGCGAAUGUUACGGAUUCUUCCGGAAAUUACACCAGGUAUGAUGAACUGGCAAAGAGAGGUUGUACCGUGGGAUUACCGAUUUUAUUCAAACUUUUUCUGUUGAUUUUACAGUAGGAAUAAAUAGACACAUUAACAUUUAAUUGUUGAAUUUCUCUAUAUAUUAUUUGUAUAACUUUUACAAAAUGUUCACAUUGCCGGAAAUGUACAUGUUUGU